AUCAGUGUGAACCCACUUAACAAACAGCAAUGUUCUCCAAAAUCUUCGCUGUGUGCGCCUUUGUGGCGGCAGCCCAGGCUGGCCUUAUCGCCGAGCCCCACUACUCCCACGCUGGAGCUGUUUCAUCUCAAAGCAUCGUGCGUCACGAUGAGCAGUCCCACCACGCCACCAAGCUGAUCGCAGCUCCCGUCGCCAAGCUGGCCGUCGCCGCCCCCGUCGCCUACCACGCCGCCCCCGCCCUCGCCUACCACGCCGCCCCCGCCCCCGUCGCUUACCACGCCGCCCCCGCCCCCGUCGCUUACCACGCCGCCCCCGCUCACGCUCACUACUCCUCCGCCGGCGCCGUGUCCUCCCAGAGCAUCGUCCGCCACGACGAGCAGCCCCAUCACGCCACCAAGCUGAUCGCCGCUCCCGUCGCUAAGGUCGCCGUGGCUGCCCCCGUCGCCUACCACGCCGCCCCGCACUACGCCGCCAGCCCCGUCCACUACGCCGCCCCCAUCGCUAAGGUGCUCGCGCCCGCUCCCAAGCUGAUCGUGUCUGCUCACCACCAGGAGGAGGAAUACGCUCACCCUAAAUACGAGUACUCUUACUCCGUGGCUGACGGACACACCGGCGACAACAAGUCCCAGCACGAGUCCCGCGACGGAGACGCAGUGCACGGCUACUACGAGCUGCUGGAGGCCGACGGCUCCGUGCGCAAGGUGCAGUACUCCGCCGACGACCACAACGGCUUCAACGCGGUCGUGAGCCACUCCGCGCCCGCGCACGCCGCGCAUGCGCCCGCCCUCCUCGCCCACAUCAGGGUUCCUAGCGUCUACAAUCACGAUUCGACGUUUACCGUCUUCAAUUGCUGUAGCAAUUUAAUGGUGCGCGGGCGCGGAGUGGCUCACGACCGCGUUGAAGCCGUUGUGGUCGUCGGCGGAGUACUGCACCUUGCGCACGGAGCCGUCGGCCUCCAGCAGCUCGAGUACUCGCCGUGCACGGCGUCGCCGUCGCGGGACUCGUGCUGGGACUUGUUGUCGCCGGUGUGUCCGUCAGCCACGGAAGACGAUCAGCUUGGGGGCGGGCGCGAGCACCUUGGCGAUGGGGGCGGCGUAGUGGACGGGGCUGGCGGCGUAGUGCGCGGGGGCGGCAUGGUAGGCGACGGGGGCAGCCACGGCGACCUUAGCGACGGGAGCGGCGAUCAGCUUGGUGGCGUGAUGGGUCUGCUCGUCGUGGCGGACGAUGCUCUGGGAGGACACGGCGCCGGCGGAGGAGUAGUGAGUGUGAGCGGGGGCGGCGUGGUAAGCGACGGGGGCGGGGGCGGCGUGGUAGGCGAUGGGAGCGGGAGCGGCGUGGUAGGCGACGGGGGCGGCGACGGCCAGCUUGGCGACGGGAGCGGCGAUCAGCUUGGUGGCGUGAUUAUACAUGGAAUUACCUUCAUUACUUUAUGUUCUGGAGCUCCACCCACAUAUCCAGAAGCAACAUCGAAUGUAGCUACUUAUUCACAUAGUUAUGUAAGAGAAGAUGUCCCGUUAUCCUAUAAGUACAGCGCGACACAUCACUACGCUCCACAGAAAGCAGAAGAGAACAUCUUAAAUACAGACGAAGAUACUCCGAAUAGGAAUGAAGAUUUUGCAAAGGAGCCGAACGCAGCCUUGCGUCAUUUGGCAAUCUUCCAUAAACUUCAGCAGCAACUAGACCAGCACCUCGAAACAACUACAACUGAGAAUCCAAAACUUUCGCAUGUACUUAAUCUUGGCGUCAGAAUUUUGCCAAAGCAGGGGACUCCCUUUAUGACCGUGCCACACGAGCUGAGUAGAAACACGCCGUUCCAACCGAUUCCGCGUAUAGCUUAUCAUAACAAGUUUAAUUACAUUCCCGAGAAGCUGGGAAGACCCGAAAUGUACUCACAGAAAGCUAGCAAAAUGUUCUCUAAAAUCGUGGCCCUUUGCGCGUUGGUGGCGGUCUCUCAGGCCGGUCUGUUGCCCGAGCCCCACUACUCAAACGCCGAAGCCGUCUCAUCCCAAAGCAUUGUGCGUCACGAUGAGCAGACCCACCACUCCGCCAAGCUGAUCGCCGCUCCCGUCGCCAAGCUGGCCGUCGCCGCCCCCGUGGCCUACCACGCCGCCCCCGCCCCCGUUGUCUACCACCACGCCGCCCCUGCCCCCGUCGCCUACCACGCUGCUCCCGCUCUCCAUUACUCCGCCCCCAUCGCUAAAGUAGUCGCUCACCACGAGGAAGAAAUCGCCUAUCCUAAAUACGAGUACACUUACUCCGUGGCUGACGGCCACACCGGCGACAACAAGUCCCAGCAGGAGAGCCGCGACGGAGAUGUCGUGAAGGGCUCCUACUCUUUCCACGAGGCUGACGGCUCUAUCCGCACCGUGGAGUACACCGCCGACGACCACAGCGGCUUCAACGCCGUGGUGCACAACACCGCCCCACGCCCGCGCCCGCCGUGCUCAAGGCCGCUCCCGUCGUCCUCAAGACCGCGCCUGUCUACUCCGCGCCCGCCUAUUAUCACCACUAAACUGUUAUUUUGAUGUAGGAAAUGUUAUUUAUUGUGAAUAUAUAGACUUGCCAAUUAUUAACA